UCUCCUUGCUUUCGCUUCGCCAGUCACCCUCUUCAGCUGCCUCCUCCUCCCUUCGACAAAGCUUCAAGCUUCAGGCCCUCUCUCUCUCUCUCUCUCUCUCCACAGCUUCGUCAGCGGGCGAACGAUGCGACCUCCGCGGGGCGGCGGCGGCGGGUUCAGGGGCGGCAGGGACGGCGGCCGCGGGGGGGGCGGCGGGCGCUUCGGCGGCCGAGGCGGGGGCGGCGGCGGGGGCUUCGGCGGCGGCGGCGGGUUUCGCGACGAGGGGCCGCCGAGUGAAGUCGUAGAGGUUUCGUCGUUUCUCCACGCGUGCGAGGGCGACGCGGUCACCAAGCUUACCAAUGAGAAAAUCCCCUACUUCAAUGCUCCAAUCUAUUUGCAGAACAAGACUCAAAUUGGCAAAGUCGAUGAGAUAUUUGGUCCCAUCAACGAAUCUUUCUUCUCUAUCAAGAUGAUGGAAGGUAUUGUUGCUACUUCAUACGGACAGGGUGAUAAGUUCUACAUUGACCCGGCUAAGCUCUUGCCCCUUGCAAGAUUCCUUCCGCAGCCAAAGGGACAGCAAGCUGGUGGUAGAGGUGGAGGCCGUGGUGGAGGCAGAGGAGGCGGUAGAGGCGGUGGCCGUGGAGGUGGUAGUUUUCGUGGACGGGGUGCCCCAAGGGGUGGGAGAGGCGGCCCUAGGGGUGGUCGUGGUGGUGGUUUCAGGGGCAGAGGGAGAUUUUAGGCUGUCUUCUCCUCGAAUUACCCGUGCUCUUCUCAUUUCGAGUUGUCAUUCAUGCAUACAGCGGAUCAAGCUUUGCCAAUCUUCUUUGUAAUGCUCUCGUUGCUUUUAGUGAACAAGCAGCCUAUCCAGAAAAUUGUGGUGACUAUUGUUAUGUUUAUUAGGCUCGGAACUUGACUAAGAUUUUGCGA